AUUAACUCAUAAAACGUACACAGUAAUCUUAUACUCCAUCUAUUUUUUGCGUUUGGUUCUCGUUUAAUUAUAAUCCCACUCCAUUUGUGUGACUUCAAUUCCUCCAAUAAACUUAAAGGUUGGAAACUAUAAGGUCACUUCCCAUGCAAAUGUGGAAAUUAGCUCAACCAUUACUAAAUAUGCAUCAAAGGGAAAAGGUGGUCUUCAUUAUGGGGGCAACCGGCACCGGGAAGUCCCGUCUCUCUAUCGACCUAGCCACGUCUUUUUCGGCAGAAAUAAUAAAUUCAGAUAAGAUUCAAAUUCACAAGGGACUGAAUAUUGUAACCAAUAAGGUGACAAAAGAAGAGCAAUGUGGGAUUCCACACCACUUGCUAGGCAUUGUGGAUCAAAAUGUUGAUUACACAGCUAAGGACUUCUGCCUCAUGGCCACACAUGCAGUGGAAUCUAUUCUCCUAAAAGACAAGCUCCCAAUCAUCGUUGGCGGGUCCAACACAUACAUUGAGGCUUUGGUAUCGGACCCGGAAUACGGGUUCAAAUCCAAGUAUGACUGUUGUUUCCUUUGGGUGGACGUAUGUCCUUCGGUCCUACAUAGUUUCGUGUCAUACCGGGUCGAUAAAAUGGUUGAAUUAGGUCUAGUAGACGAGGUCCGAGAAGCAUUUGACCCGCAUAACACGGAUUAUACAACGGGAAUAAGACGAGCCAUUGGGGUGCCCGAAUUAGACACGUACUUUCGAAUUGAACAUUGUGUAGAUGAAUCGGGUCGGGCCGACCAACUCCGUCGUGCCGUAAAUGAUAUAAAGGAGAACACAUGUAUUUUAGCAAACAAACAAUUGGAAAAAAUCAAGCGAUUGAAGCACGUAAAAGGAUGGAAUAUAAACCGUGUUGAUGCAACUGAGGUGUUUAAAAUGCGUAACAAAGAAGCUGCUGAUGAUGCUUGGAUGAAAACGGUAACCCACCCGUCACUUAAACUUGUGACCCGUUUUCUAAAUGAUAACACCAAUGAUUUGGAGUCCAAAUUCUCGACAAAAGUAGUAACCCAAAGCAUGAUUGGAAAGAACCACAUGAUUGCUACAACCUAGCUAGUGUCUAAAAACCGACACACAAAACUGCAAUCUCACAGUAAAAAUGCCAAAAAUUGUUUCCCUAAUAUCUAUAGUUGUUGUCUUAAAAAAACUCCGUACAUAUUAUUUAUUUAUUUAUUGAUUGGUUAAUUAGCUUUGGUGCUAAUUAAUUUUGUAGUUUUGGAAAAAGAUUCCAAAAUAUAAACACUAGUUAGCUACUUCGAUCAUUAUUGAAAAGAAAUGUAUAUAUUGAUCAAAGUUGCUAACAAAAAAUAAUGAUGCAGAAAGUGAUAAUUAUAUUGUACAGAGUACUACCUUGGUUA